AUGUACGCUAAACACCCCAGCGUCCCCACUCCAACUCCAACGUCCUCCCCGGAGAGAGAGGAGGAGGAGGAGGAGGAGGAGGAGGAGGUUCCUGACCUGCAGCUAAGUUUUGUCUUUGGGAACAGUGUUGUCAAACCUCCGGCCCCCCGCAUUGAGCCUGAGGAUGCUGAGGUUCAGGAGCACCCUGAACAUUAUUCAACUGAGACAUUAACGCUGAGCAGAACUCAGCUGAAACAUGUUGCAGAAAGUAUUUUGAAAAAUAGCACACUAAAGUAUUUAUGUCUUGAAGGCAACCUGAUAUCCAGCAUCCCUGAUUCAAUGUUCAUCAGUUUGCCAAACCUUCAGUGGCUGGACCUCAGACAUAACCAAAUUACAUCGCUCCCUUCUGAAAUUGGCUCGCACAGAUCUCUGAAAACUAUACUUCUGGAAGGAAACCCCAUCUCAGAACUUCCUCCAGAGUUAGGAAAUGUGAUCACCCUCAGAGGCCUGAACCUGAGGAACUGCCCCAUCACUUUCCCUCCACAAGACAUAGUGACCCAGGGGCUGCAGAGCAUCCUCCAGUACCUCAGGAGUGCUAUGGCGAAGCGUCCAGUCUGCAUGAGAAAGAACCCCCCAGAGUUGCCAGUGGUGGAGAAGCUCCAGCUGUCGGAGCUGAUGGGGUCCAGCAUGGAGGAGCAGGAGGAGUCAGUGGAUGAGGACGAGCUGCAGAGGUUCAUGGAGCUCAAACACAAGAUGAUCCUGCUGGACCGAGCCGAGCUGGGCUCCAUAACACGGGCUGAUAGGAACCUCAAGUCACAGCUUCCUGUUAUCAAAAGAAAAAAGGCAGCGACCAAGGCCGGAAUAAUUCCCGAGCUCCCUCUGUUUGACACUCAGCACUGGAAGAAGCCAGAAGAAAGGAAACAGGCUGAAAUGAAAGAGCUGGAGGAGAAGCAGGCUAUUCUAGAGCAGAGAAGAAAGAGCCAAGAGGCUCUUCGGAAGUGGCGUACACAAGCCAAGAUCACACAGGAGAAGAAAAUGUCUGAGCACAAACAGAAGAAGCACACAGAACAAAGGAAACAAGAGGAAGCAGAGACAGAUUCAAAAUCUGCUAUGGAGGACAGAGAUCCUCUUCAGAUUCAGACGCACGGCAUGUCCAUCACAGACUGUGAGGAGACGAGAUCGGCCCGUGAACUGGAGCGGCAGAUCCGUGCCCGUGUGGAGAAGAUGCAGGAGAGACGGAGGAAUCCCAGGGGCUCCACGGCUGAGCAGAUGGCUGCAGCAGAACAAGAUGUGGAGGAGAUGAGGAAGCUGCAGGCUCGUCUCCUGGAGAGGAAGAUAAACCGGGGGAGAGAUCGUGGAAAUUGUUUCACUAUCUUCACAGGAGACAACUGGCCCAGUUUUAUUGACAAAUAACAGGGAUUGUGAUGUCUGUUUGAGUUUUUUGUGAUAUGCAUUUCAUGCAUUAGGGGCUAAUGCCUUUAUGAAUGACCAUUGUAAUGCUCAUGUCAUAAAAAUAAAGAUCACAGUGCAGCUACUGGGCAAGUGUUUUUCUUUCAUAUUUCAUUCUCUUGGACUUGCA